UAUAGUCUUAAGUCUAUUGCCGAACACACCAACUACCUCAGGAGGGUUAUAUAUAUUCAGUUACAGAAUUUCUCACUCAAAGGUGUUUUGCCCCCUCGAAGAGAAAAAGAAAAAUAUUUCACUUUUCUUUUUAUUGACACUUUCAAUAUAUAACUAUAUAAAUAAAAUAAUUUUUCUAUUUAGGAAAUUUUUUUUUUUUUAUAUAAUUUGAAAUCGAUUAAAUUUUGCAAUUUAUAGCAGAUAGCUCCGAUGUCAGGAGCUUUGAAUUUUUGUGACAAUUGUGACACUUUAAAUCGUGUGGAUAUUUAUUCUCGCGAGCGUUCUUGAGAAAAAAAAAAUUUGUUUUCAUAUUAACAGCGAAAAGUGAGGAAAGUGAGGGAAAAAAGGGAUGGGGCGACUUUGGCUACUGUCCCUUUUAUUGGGGUUGCUGCACAUUGGAUUUGCUGCAAAAUGUCCGAGGCAAAGAAAUUCACCAGGCAAGGAAAUUCUCUGUUACACUGAAAGUUACAACAUACAACGAUUGGAAGAUGUUAUCUGCAGUUGUACAGUUUUAGUUCAUCAAGGUCACGAUAUUCAGAAUCUACCUGAUACCGGAUUCAAGGAUCUACGAAAUUCUUUGAAAGAGAAAAAACAUGAUCUUCGAUUUAUUCUUGCCGUUAAUGAUGAACGUGGUUUUCUCAAAACUUCCGGUCUUAUGCGACAGGAAGCUGCAACACGUUUGGCAACAAUUUUGACUGAGGUCGAUGGGGUUGAGUUGAACGUAACUGCCGGCUCAAAAGAACGUCUCGUCCACUUCGUGAAAGGGUUGAAGGACGAGAUGAUCAGAAAAUCCAAUGAGAAGGUCAUUUUUCUUGCGUUGCCCGCAAAACCAGAACUGUUGGCAAAGCAAUUUGAUAUUAAGGAGCUUUCCAAAUAUGUUGAUUUCUUUACGACAUCAACACAUUAUUUGGUGGAUGAAGAAGAGGCUUUUUAUACAUUUCAUCCCUCAAGAUUGAUGGGUUUGUUCGACAUGCUCAAUACCGACAGUGUGAUCGAUUUAAUAAUAGGUUUGGGAGCGCCAAAAUCAAAAAUCAUCAUGUCAGUGCCAGUAAGUGCCUAUAAAUUUGCCCUCAAGGACGAGAAAGAAAAUACUCCAAGAUCGCCGACGAAUAACAAACAGCCCACUACCCUCGAUCGAAAACAGCUAUGCGAUUUGAUGAGCGUUGACGAAUGGACAUUAGAAAGGGAUGAUGAUCUCACAGCACCCUAUGCUUUCAAGAAUAAAGAUUGGAUUGCCUUUGAAGAUCGAACGUCUAUUGGAAUUAAAGGAAAAUACGUUUCUCUUCGUGAUCUCGCGGGAUUAGGAAUUCGUGAUAUUGAAAAUGAUAGGAAGAACAAUUGCAGUAAACCCAUUACGCAGGAAAUUUUUCAAUCUUUUACGAAUUUGAAGAGAAAAACACGACAAGCGGUUCUAUCUUCUCUUGAAAAUGAAUUGCACACAACGCAAUUGUCUUAUCCAAGUCAUGUGAAACCAAGUGGAUAUAGAAUCAGUCGAGUCGUUGAUACUAAAGGACACAUUCAUGCAAUUCGUGAGCAUUCACAUACAGAAUUUUCUUGCACAAGGCAGGGAUAUUUUGUGCAUCCAAAAAGUUGUAAUAGAUUUUAUCGAUGUGUAAAAUUCAAUCAGGAGAUUGACGAUUAUUCAGUAUUUGAAUUUGAUUGUCCCGCAGGAUUAGCAUUCGAUGAAAGAACAGAAGUUUGUGUAUGGCCAGGAUCACUAUCCAAAGGAUCACCAUGUCCAGGAAGUAGUGAAAUUGCACCCGUGCCAAAAACAAGAUUCGAAUGUCCAGACCAUCCUGGAUAUUAUGCUGAUCCACAAAAUUGCCGAUGGUUUUUCGCCUGUUUUGAUUUAGGCGGACCACAUAUGAUUCCCUAUGAGUUCCGUUGUCCGUUUGGACUUGUCUUCGAUGAAGAUAAAUUAAUUUGCGAGUGGCCUUGGCUGGUGCCAAAAUGUGGAGGUGGUGGAUACACUUAUACGCAUUUUGGAGGCUAUGGAGGACAUGAUGAUUAUGGAGGACAUAGUGAUUACGACAGUCAUGAAGAUCAUGGAGGACAUGGAGAUUAUGGAGGUCAUGAAGAUCAUGGAGGUCAUGGUGAUUAUGGAGGUCAUGGUGAUUAUGGAGGUCAUGAAGAUCAUGGAGGUCAUGGUGAUUAUGGAGGUCAUGACGAUCACGGAGGAAAUGAAGGUCAUGGGGGAAAUGGAAACAAUGGAGGCCAUGAAGGAAGCUAUGGAGGAAUGGGUGAUUAUGGAGGACUUGGAAGCUACGGAGGGAAUGGUGAUUACGAUGGUUAUGGUGGACAUCAUGUGAGUCCUGUUUCUCCCGGAGGAAGUUAUGGAAUGAUAGACCAUGGUCAUGGAGGACAUGGUGGAUCUGGUGACAAUGGUGUUAAAGGAGGUCAUGGUGGAUAUGGUGGAUUUGGAGGACACGGUGGAUCUGGAGGUCAUAAAGGUAAUGGAGGAAAUGGAGGAUAUGGUGGAUCUGGAGGACAUGAUGGACACAGUGGAUCUGGAGGACAUAAGGGACAUGAUGGUAAUGGAGGAUAUGGAGGACACGGUGGAUCUGGAGGUCAUAAAGGACAAGAUGGUAAUGGAGGACACGGUGGACAUGGUGGAUCUGGAGGUUAUGAUGGACACGGUGGAUCUGGAGGACAUAAUGGACACGGUGGUAAUGGAGGACAUAAAGGAUACGAUGGUAAUGGAAGACAUGGUGGAUCUGGAGGACAUAAGGGGCAUGAUGGCAAUGGAGGGCACAAAGGUCAUAAUGGUAGCGGAGGAAACAAAGGACACGGAGGUCACGAUGGUGGGAAUGGAGGACACGAUGAUCAUGGAAAAGAUGACUCUGAAGAGCAUUAUGGAGGACACGACACAAGUCCAGUUUUUCCCGGCAAAGGACACGGAACAAAAGACGAUGGACAUGACAAACACGGAGGUAAAGAUGAUGGUCACGACAAACAUGGCGGAAAGGAUGACGGUUAUGACCACGGAGGAAAAGAUGAUGAUCACGACACUCACGGUGGAAAGGAUGAUGAUUACGACAAAGAUGAGAAACACAGUGGUGAACAUGGUGGAUACGAUGUACAUGAAAAUGGAAAAGAUGAUGAUCAUAAAGACAAGGAUGAUGGCUAUGAUGAUCACAAUAAACACGAUGACAAGGACGACGGGCAUGGUUAUGAUCAUCAUACAACUACUGACCAUCAUCAUCAUACAACUACUGAUCAUGAUCAUCAUACAACUACUGAUUAUAAUCAUCAUACUACUGAUUAUGAUCAUCAUACUACUGAUUAUGAUCAUCAUACAACUACUGAAUAUAAUCAUCAUACAACUACUGAAUAUAAUCAUCACACAACUACUGAAUAUAAUCAUCAUACAACUACUGAUCAUGAUCAUCAUACAACUACCGAUUAUUAUCAUCCAACUACGGAUUAUGAUCACUACACAACCGUUGGUUAUGACAGUAAAGAGAAAGAUGACAAAUCCGAACAUGAUGAUCACGAUGCCACUGUUGGUUUAGAGUUUGGUUCUGAAGAGCAUACAACAAAAGCAAUGGAACAUGAUGAAAGUGGAGAAAGUCUUGGUGAUUACAGUCAUGUUGGUAAUUAUGAUUAUAUUGAAAGUUCAAAAAAGAAUGCUUCAUCAGACUUUAGAAAACAUGCCACGUCAGGUAAAAUUAAUUCAGGAUCUUCUGGCCCUCCUGGUAGAAAACAAAUUGGAACAGGAUCACAUCGAGUCGCCGUGUCUCCCGAGGGAGGAAACCGAGGAUCUGAUUAUUCAGGAAGACAUGGUUCACAAUAUGCUAAUAAAAAUCCACAAUACACAGGUCAUCCUAAUGUAAAAGUUGAAAAUAUUGCAUCAGAUGAUUCUACUAGAGGAUAUUCGAAUAAAGCGGUGUAUUCAGGAACAACCAGGUAUCCAGGUCCUGGAGAUUCGUCAUCAGGAUCGAGACUUAAUUCUGGAGAUUCGACACCGCGACCAGAAUUUAUUUCUGAAGGCUCAUCAGGAGGAUCUGGAUAUUUAGCUAAUGCUGGUUACACGGGAAAAAUAAAAGGAGUCACAAGACCUGUGACUCCUGCGUACAGUUCAAGUACUUCGGCAGGAGCUGCUUAUUCCACGGCAUCGGGUGGAAAUUCAUACACUGAUCAAACUGGAACAGGAUAUACUAGAUCACGAGAUGAAGGAUAUACUGGAUCAAGAGAUGAAGGAUACAUUGAAUCAAGAGAUAAAGGAUACACUGGAUCAAGAGAUAAGGGAUACACGGGAACAAGAGAUAAAGGAUACUCUACUGGUCCAUCAUUUUCCGAAGCUCAACAAGGUUUCUCAACUUCCGGAAAAGUUAACCUAGAUAAUAACAAAUAUUCUACUUCAUCAGGAUCCCAAUCUGACUAUAGUAACACAAGGCAACAAACUGGUGAUGAUCGAUUCCAAUCAACUAUCCAUGGCGCUACAAAAGAUGUAUCAGCUGGUUUUAAUCAACCAACUGUUGACUAUUCAACAGGUGGAUAUGGAUCUAGAAUUCCUGCUGAUUCUGUAGGAAUUGGAAGUACUUCUUUCACUGGACCCACUCCAACGACUAUUUACAAUCAAGCUGGAUAUAAAACAAUUUCCAACAGUCAUCCACAGGUUCAUAUCACUUCUGCAAAUGGAGUAACUUCUAGUCAAUUCGAGGGACCAGCUGGCGGAAAAAUUGCAGGCAGUUUCGUAAGUCCUCCAGCAUCAUCCUCGGGCUCUUUCUACGCUCCAGAAAAUUCUGAUGGAAAAAUUGUCACCGGCAUUAAUCAACCAGAAUAUGUUAAUGCAAAUACAGGUUUGGGUUACUCGAAUCCAAAUCGAUAUUCGAACAAUGUUUUUCUCACGGGUCAAUCACAAAAUGGAGCACAAACAACGCCAAAUUACUAUUUGUCAAGACAAACCUCUCCAGGAGGAGUAGCAUUGUCAGAAAAUAUUCAGCCGGAAAUUCAUCCAGGAAAUUCCGUAACAGUUGGUCCACCAAUAACCACAUAUCGUGGUCCAAAUCUCUUUACUGCAGAUCAUCGAAUAGCCAAUCCCAUAAUUACAACUUAUCGCGGUAGCACUAGUUCCAAAACAAUUCCCGUUGGUCCUCAAACAACUCCCGUUUAUGAUAAUAGAGAAAAUUCCGGCUAUAAGAUCAAUGAAUAUCACGACAAUGGUGGUCGUGGUACCAUUCGAUACAAUAAUGGAUUUAUCGUCACUAAAAUACCCGAAAGUGAUUAUCGAAAUUUCCAACCAUCACUGUCGACACUUCCCGAUUCCGAGGUAUCUGGUGGACGUCUUGACAACAGCGGUGGAACAAUCUCUGGUGCUUCAACUUAUCCACAACAAUUCUCCGGAGCGGGAGUUUUUACUCCAGAAGGAUUCACGAAAACAGGACCAACGAGAACUGGAAUCACAACAGCUCAAUUGGGCGGCAGUGGCAGUUAUGUAAUUGGCACUUCACCCAGACCAAGACCAAAUUUGAAUAAUAUUGGAGAAAAUGCUUUUGCCGGUAAUGUUGGAUAUAAUAAUCCAGUAAUUUCAGGUUCCACUCCAGGUUCUGGAUCUUAUACUACUCAACCAUCGGGAAGUUUUUCGGGGUCAACAGCUCCUUACCAGGAUGCUACCACAUUGGCACCGCUUUUAAAUGCUGAUCUAUAUAAUACAAACCAACCAAUUUUAUCUUCUGCUGUUACCAACAGACCUUACGAACCAAUAAAAUCAGUAACUUCCGGCACUUUUGAACCAAUUAGAUCAUCUGCUGUUACUGACAGACCUGCAGACUUUUCAAGUGAUAUCAAAUCAAUUGGAAGUGGACAAUAUCGACCAAUAACGUCCUCUGCUGUUACCGAUAGACCUAACGGUACUUACGAACCGAUCAAAUCUUCUGCCGUUACUGAUAGACCUACUGGGUCUUACAGUGAUGUAAGAUACACUGGUACUGGGCAGUAUCAACCAAACAAAUCUGCUGCUGUUACUAAUAGACCUAUUGGUACUUUCGAACCUAUCAGAUCUUCGGCUGUUACUGAUACACCUACAGGUAUUUACAGUGAUGUUAAAUCAAUCGGAACUGGUCAACAGUCUCCGGGUAAUAGUAACUAUCAAGCUGGUGAACAAUCUGUGGAUGUCAAUGAAUACAGAGGAUUUGGUUCCCAAUCCUUUGGUACCAGUGAUUAUAGGCAACCAGGUUAUCAACCUUCCGCUACCAGUGAUUAUAAAAAACCUGGUUACCAAUCUUCUGUUACCAGUGAUUAUAGUAAACCAGGUUAUCAACCUUCUGCUACCACUGAUUAUAGAAAACCCGGCUACCAAUCUCCUAUUACCAGUGAUUAUAGUAAACCAGGUUAUCAACCUUCCGCUACUAAUGAUUACAAGAGACCAGAUUACCAAUCAGUUACCAACAAUUAUAACAGACCAAGUUAUCCAUCUGACAAAUUCAAGGAAGUAGAUUUUCAAUCAACAUCCGGAUCGUUCACAAAUUCAGAUCAAACGAGCACAGGUUAUCAAUCUUCAAUUUAUCAAUCAGGAGAUAAUAAACAAACGGAUUUCCGAUCCGAUUAUCAAUCACCAAUCAUCCCUGUAGGAUAUACAACUGGACCCAAGGAAUCAUUCCAAACAACAAUUUAUCAAGCUGCCAAAAUUCCCGGUGGUACUUCGGUACAACCGAUUGUUGACGAUGGCUACAAGACAAUAGUUUCACCAACAAAAAUUCCUGUAAUUGUCACACCAGCUAGAUAUGAUAAUCAAAAUCCUAUUUCCACGGAGAAACCAUCACAAUAUCAAACAAAUGAUUACUCGCAGGUCACCAGUGACAAUGAUCGAGGAAUUUUCGGUCAUAAAGUAACUCAACCAAAUAUGGCGGUCAGUCUUUCGUCUCAGGCAGAAAAGGGACAGAUUUAUCGCGGUUCUUCUAGUACAAGUACAACAUCCGACUACACAGUUUCCAAGAAUGAUGACAAUCGAAAUUAUGUGACAUCAACUGAUUAUGAUCGAGAAACAGUUACAGAUGCACAAGUCGUGUACAUACCAUCAACAACAAUUUCUCCAGAAUCUGGCGUCACCUACAGAAGACCAUUUACAACUCAAUUCCCAAUUCCAUCAAAUUCACAGGAUUCAAGAGAUGAAUUUGUAACUGAAUACAUUGGUUUUACAACACCUUCAUAUUCAUCCGAGAAAGGAUAUUCCACAGUUGGCAAAAAAUUGGCAGGUUCUGAUGCCAUUACCACAGCAGUCGGUGGAACAAGAUUCGAUUUUAACGAUAAGCAAAUUAAUGAAAAUCAAAACCGUGGCUCUGUGAAAUUUACACCAAACAGUGCAUACAUUGAUGAAAUGAAGACCAAAUAUCUUGGAACUUCAAAACCAAUUUCAUCUGUUGAAGGACAAAAUCAAUACACAACAGACAUAACACCAUCUAUUAACACCUAUCAUGGAAAUUAUCGUAAAAUUUAUUCCACAACACCCGAGUACAAGGAAGAGGAGGAUAAAUCAAUUUCUGCAGAAACAACAAAUGGUAGAGGUCGAAAAAUAAUUGUCAAAUUAACUGAUCUUCAUCCUAUUUUAUUGGGAAAAUUAGGCGCCGAAUGUACAUGUAAAUCAGAUCCAUUUGAUAUUUUCCGUGGUCCACGAAGAAAACACAUAUCAAUCCCAUCAUCACGUGGAAUUGUUGAUCUAGCAAAUUAUGAUGAAUCCGAUGUUUAUGUGGAUCUCGAGGCUGACAAGGCAAUCGAGAGAAUAAAAGCUGAAGCAUCAAUUGGUGAAAUCAAGGCCGAGAAGCAAAUUAGUCAAGAGUCAGAUGAGAAACUGGAAAAACUUGAAGCAACUACACCAUGUUCACAAGAUCUUCCAAAAUAUAAUGGUCCAAUUAUCCGCGUUUAUGAUCAUCACCAAGUUAAACCGGCUCGUCUAACAGAAUUAGAAGAAGAUUCAUCUCCAACAUCGGGACGUCCAGUCAAUGAAGCUCGAGGAUCAUCAAGAUACAUAAUACACACAGAUAAUAAUAAUAAUAAUGUAGGAAGUGCGACAAUAGCCACUAGUAGUAGAAUAGCAAACGGUAGAUCUGGAAAAUCCCUCUUUGGCAAAUCUUCCUCAAUAAUUGAUAGAGGAAAGAAGAGAUUUGAAAUUAGUAAACACGAUACAGCCUCUGUGAUUGAUAAUGAAGAUGGCGAUUGUGCAAGACCUGGUCUUUUCCGUCAUCCGAAACUUUGUAAUAAAUUCUAUGUGUGUCAUUGGGACGAAUGGAAACAAAAAUUCUCUCGACACGUUUUCAAUUGUCCAAUUCAUUUGACCUUUGACUCAACGGCUGGAGCUUGUAACUGGCCAAGUAAAGGACCAGCCUGUCAGGAUGACAAUCUUCUCGUGUAAAAUGUGCUCAACAGUCUCCACGGGAGUUUAUUUUAAAAAACCUAGGAUAUUAGACUUGACAUUACUAGAUUACAUUUUUAAUUAUUUUUUUCAAUUAAACUUAAAAUUUAAAAAAAAUCUAAUUAAAAUUAUGCAAUGAUUAGACUAGAUUUUCAUUUAAAAUUAAUAUCAAAUUAAAUAAUUAAAAUUCGAUUUAGAUUUUGUACUAAUUUUAAAUUGAAAAUCUAGAAAUUAGAAGAUUAGAAUGGUUAGAUGAAUAUAUAAAAAUGAAUCAGGCCAACCUCUUUAUAGGAAAACUCUUUCAAAAUUCUCUUAAGAGUUGAUACAAAGUUGUUACUUUCUCCUGGUCAAGAUUCUAAAUUAUUUUAAAAUAUUAGAGCAGAAAAUUAAUAUUUUCAUAUUUAUUUAUUUUUCACAAAAAUAACAUUUUUUUCUGAUUAACAAAUUGUUUCCUUAGGUUGGUCUACAGGACCAUGAAUAAUGUAAAUAAGUAUCUUAUUUUCUUCAAAAUUUCUGUACAUACAUAUUACAUUAUUUAUAGCUUCGUGUCUCGUAUUAGAAUUCGAUUAGAAAAAUAAAUAAUAAUAAAAGAAACAUGAAUUACAUACAUGACGAUUAAAAUCGUCUUUUUAAAAGCUUCAGAAUCCUCGCAUUUUUUCAUUGUUUCUAUAGAAUUAGACAAGAAUCAAAACUACAGUUACCGCUAUUUUAGACUAGAUACUGAUUUAUUUUUUGUAUAUAAAAUUUUAUUUUACUGACCCUAACUUAACAAGACGUACGAUAAUUUUUUAUUUCUCCAACAUACUACUUUCUCAAGAAUGAAAAUUCUUUUCUUUCAAUAUUGAAUGUUUUAAAAGAAUAUAAAAAAUAUGAAUUCGCCAAAAAUAUUUGCAAAUAAUAAUAUUUUUAAACUAAAUUUAACUAAUUAUUAUUUUUAACUCAUAUCAUUAAGUGAAGGAACGAAUAACGUGCCAUUCGUUUAUGAUUCAUAAUGAUACGUAAUGCCAUUUGUAAUGGUUUCUUCAAAUAAUAAAAGAAAAACUCAGAAAAUAGUUACGUUCAAUUUUAACAGUUUACGAUUGACUAAAUUUUGCAUUUUAACUCAUGGUAAUUUCACGUUAUUUAAAAAUUAUUAUAUACCAACAAAUAUCAAAUAGUUAUAUGUUUAUUGCUGGUUACAUAUGAAUCAUACUUAUAUAGAAAACUAAAAAAAAAUAAUAAUGGAAAAUAUUUCAUAAUUUUCAUAAUCGUUUUUAUUAUCUGUAAAAUGUAAAUCGCUUUAUAAGUUAUUAAUGUAAAUUCAACUUAUCAGCCGAGAGAGAAAGUAACGUUAGAAAAAUAGUAAAAAUAUGAUAGAUUUUCAUGCGUGUUCUAAAUAAAACUUUCGCCUAGUUAUAAAAUCGACAAGCAAGUCAUAAUUGCUCUCUCGAUUUCAAGUGUAUGAAUUGAAGAAUUAUAAUCAGAUUUUUAUAUUUGAAUAAAGAUCGUUGAAUUUGGUA